AUUAACAUUGAUUAACAACACUUGAUUUUUCAUUCACAGAUUUGAAACACAAGAUGGACUCCCAAAAUGCAAGCUACAACGUUGGGCAAGCCAAGGGCCAGGCUCAGGAAAAGGCUAGCAACAUGAUGGACAAGGCCAGUGAUGUUGCUCAUUCUGCUCAAGACUCCAUGCAACAGGCUGGGCAACAAAUGCAGGAAAAGGCACAAGGAGCUGCUGAUUCUAUCAAGAGUGCUUUGAAUUCAAAGAACCAAUGAAGCUAAAUGGAUCAUUAAUUAUGAUGAACUUGGCUUCCCUUCAAUAAACCUUGUUCCUACUCAGUGAAUUUGUUCUUGUACCCCUUAAUAUAUUGAUAUAUGAGCUUUCAUAUGUAGAUUUAUUACGUUGUGCAUUAUGAUUAUUGUAUUUCAUAAGAAUUAUAGUUUUAAACUAUGUUUAUUAAUUAUACUUUGG